AUGAUGCAUGUUUCGAUGCCGAGAUAUGAUCAGGAUCGAUUGGGUAUCAUCUUUCGUGCGUCUCCCAGACAAGCUGAUGUGAUGAUCGUGGCCGGCACCGUCACCAACAAAAUGGCCCCUGCCGUCCGGCAAUGCUACGACCAAAUGCCGGAGCCGAGAUGGGUUAUCAGUAUGGGCAGUUGCGCGAACGGUGGCGGGUACUAUCAUUACAGUUAUUCGGUGGUCAGAGGGGUUGAUCGCAUCAUCCCCGUGGACAUCUUCGUUCCGGGCUGUCCACCGACGCCCGAAGCGUUGAUGUAUGGCGUCUUCAUGCUUCAGGCUAAAAUGAGGAGAACGAAAAUCACCAGGAUGUGGUAUAGAAAGUAG